GCUGGAUAUGACCCAGGAAGGUCUUACCGGUACCGCGGCAGUCUGGCAGGCUCAGGGCUGCUCAGGGUAACUUUCAAAUCGACUCAGUGAGGGAUGCUGGCAAGUUUGUUUGGCAAACCUUCGUUGCGCUCCACAAGAAACCACACUGCAGCAUCGUACGAUUCCUUGCUAGCACUGAUGGCCCCUACUACCUUACUGGCUCGCCUAAAGGCGAUAUGUCGGUCCAUGUACAGAUCAACGACAGUCACUGCGAGAACGAGAUUUAGCACCGACCAGAAUGUUAUGUGUUCAGGGCAAAUCCCAACUCAAGUACCCGUCAUGGGCCGUCAACAUAGCUUAGUCUUCUGCUUCAAGUUUUGCCAUACACCUU